GAACCUGCUGGAAAAUUCAAAAUCUUGUAAAUAAGGAAGACGCAUAUAAGACUCUUAAUAAUAACUCCGUUUCCCUCUCCACAGGUAAAAUGCAUGUCUCAUUGGCCGAGGCCCUGGAGGUUCGGGGAGGAUCACUAGAAGAAGAGGAGAUCUGGGCUGUAUUAAGUCAGAGUGCAGAAUGCCUACAAGAUCUGUUUCACAAAGCUGACCCUAUUGCUUUAGGUUUCAUCAUCAGUCCCUGGUCUCUGUUGCUGUUACCUUCUGGCGAUAUUUCUUAUACUGAUGAGAAUGUUUCUGAUCAGGACCUGCGUGCAUUUACUGCCCCUGAAGUUUUGCAGAGUCGGCCUUUGUCCUCUCUUUCCGAUGUUGAAAAGAUGCAUGUGUAUUCUCUUGGUAUGACUUUGUAUUGGGGAGCUGAUUAUAAAAUACCUCUGAACCAGCCAAUCAAACUUGGAGAUCACCUGAAUAGCAUAUUGCUGAAUAUGUGUGAAGAUCUGAUGUACACACGAGUGACAAUAAGGACUAUUCUAGAUGCUUGCAGUGCUCAUAUUCGGAACAGUAACUGUGCACCAGCUUUCUCAUACAUUAAACAGCUGGUAAAACUUGUCUUGGGUAGUCUAACAACUCUGAAUCAGCUAUCCUUAAAUAUAGUCAGCAAACCAGAUCGUAACCAGGAAAUUCGUGAUCGACUGAGAGGCAAGGGCCUUCCAAUAGAAAGAAAUAAGAAAGAAACUCCUAAGGGAACAGAAAAGUACAAAGCACAAUGCUGUGAACCGGCCUUACUUAAUCGAGGACUUAGCAAGUCUAUGGGAUUUUUGGCGAUUACCGAUAAGAAAUCAGAUAUGGAGUCUUACCACACAGCCUCUGGACAAGAAGAUACAGUGGAAAGGUACAACAAGGCUCGAUCCAGACCUAACUGUUUGGAUAGGAAGCAGAAUUCUGUUGACGAUUCUAGUCAUCGGAAGCUCUGGACCUCAGCAGUUGAUUUGGAUCUGUAUGGUAGCAAAGUGAUAUCCUCUGGGGAUAAUACUCCUCAAAGAAACUUUUCUCCACUGGGAAAAGGCAGACCGAUUAAGAGCAUCACACAAGCCAGAGAACCAAAGUACAGAGACCUUGGGCAAGUGCCAACUACACUAGGUUUUCAGAGUCCUCCUCCAACAUCACAACUUUCUACCUCAUCAGCUCUUUCAGGGGCUUAUGAAAGGAUUAAAGAACGACAGAGGAAAUUGCGAGUUCUGAGAGAAGCAAUGGCUAUGGAUGAACCUACAGAAUUAUAUUCAACUCGCCACAGUGAUAUAUACAACACAGCAAUCGAAAGCAUGUCUCUUGUUUCUUCUGACCCAGAUAAUCGACUAGUCCACAGAAAUGAUGAUGUUCGAAGGUACAGUUCUCAAGCAGAAGAUGAAUUCUUGGCAGAGUCUUACAUUACAAAUAAGAGAUCCUCUAGCUUAUAUGAAAUUUCAGCGGAUGAGAAUAUUGUGAGCCAGGAGUUAAUGCUGAAACGGCAGGAGGAAGAACUAAAGCAGCUGCAAAACAGAUUAAAUCGAAAACAGUACCAAUCAGGACUUCAUCAAGCUGAUAUGGUCAAAGCAUCCAUGUUAGAUGUCACCAGGGAUCCUUUAAGAGAUGUCGCAAUGGAAACAUCCAUGACACAGAGAAAGCUGAAGAACUUCUUCGGACCUGAGUUUGUUAAAAUGAUCAGUGAACCUUCUGUCGCACUCGAGCUUCCUGCUUCAAUUCUGACUAAGAAUGGAAAGGGGGAGGACAUUCGUCGUAAAGUAAACAUCAUGUUGCUAAGUGGACAAUGUUUGGAAUUGACCUGUGACACCAAAUCAACAUGCAAGGAUGUAUUUGAUAUGGUGGUUGCUCACAUUGGCCUGGUGGAACAUCAUUUCUUUUCCUUGGCAUAUUUAAAAGGAAUUUUUUCUUUGAAAGAUACUCUUCAUCAGAAAUUUAGUGCCUUGCCUUCACCUGAGAGAGAGCUUAGAUUUAUAAAACUGAAGAAGGCUGUAAAACAUGGCUUAGGUUUUCAAAUUGUUGGUGGAGAAAAAACUGGCAAACUCGACUUAGGAAUUUUUGUCACUACAAUAAUGCCAGGAGGGCCAGCAGAGUUGGAUCAACGUUUAAAUCCAGGUGAUCGCCUGAUAUCUGUAAAUGGCAUCAGUUUAGAAGGCAUUACCCAUGACAGAGCAGUUGAAAUUUUACAAAAUGCCCCUGAAGACGUGACCCUAGUGGUGUCUCAGUUGAAAGAGAAACUUUAUAGAGGAACCGAUUUUUCUUCAGGAAUGAGGAACAAGUCUAGAAGCCCUUGCCGUAAUUUAGGAAGACGGGAUUAUGAAGAAGUGUCAUCUUCGGAAGAACAUAAUGGAUCAUUUGAUCAUCAUAGAACUCAUCCUGUAAGAACUUCUGUUCCACCUGAGCAAAAACGAAGAGUAAGUACAAGCUCCCAGGACUCCAGAACUGAAAGUGCAGGGCUUUCACAAAGCCAAGUACAUGGUUUCUACAAAAAUCGAACUAUCUCUAGAGCACCACAAUGUGCUGAUUACGAAGGAGUGUCUGCACUAAUGGAAAUGAGGCAGGAUAUGAUUCAGAAUGUUUUGGACAGCACAGGACCGUUAAGCAGUACUAAUGUUGAAACACCUAAAGAGACAGAUUGCUCGGACCGAGGUGACUCUGACAUGGAUGAAGCAACUUAUUCCAGCAGUCAAGAGCAACAAAGUUCAAAAAAGGAUUCUGCAGCAGAUAAGGUGAAAAGAAGAGGUUUUCCUGAUGCUAAACAAAGCACUUUGCUAAAGCCAGGAGAUAUUUUCGAAGUGGAGUUGUCAAAAAUAGAGAACAGCUUGGGCAUUAGUGUCACGGGUGGUAUUAACACAAGUGUGAGACAUGGUGGGAUUUAUGUAAAAGGCAUUAUACCAGGUGGAGCUGCUGAAGCUGAUGGACGUAUUAAGAAAGGUGACCGUGUUCUUUCUGUGAAUGGAAUCUGCCUGGAAGGUGCAACUCAUAAGCAGGCUGUGGAGACUCUAAGAAGCACGGGACAAGUUGUCAAUCUGUUAGUGGAGAAGGGGCAGCUCCCUGCAGCCAGUGUUCAUGCUCCUGUCACUCCACAGUGCACGCCUCCAUGUGCAACCAAUCAAAAUACAUCGUGUGAAUCAGCUGACAAGCAAGAACUAGUCUCAGAACUCAUGUCCUCAACUGCCAAAGACUGCUGUCCCAUCAAUGAUGGUAACAUAUUUAAAGUAAAGUUAAUAAAAAAUUCCUCUGGAUUGGGUUUUAGUUUUACUGAAGGCAAUGACGUUGUUCCUGAACAUAACGGAAAUGCAGUAAAAAUAAAGAAACUUUUUGCUGGGCAACCAGCAGUAGAGUGUGGGAAGAUUAAUGUUGGAGAUGUUAUAAUGCAGGUGAAUGACCUCCCUUUGAAAGGACUGUCAAAGCAGGAAAUAGUGUCUGUUCUCAGGCGGACAUCACAAGAGGUCACCCUGUUACUUUAUAGACCCAAAUCUAGUGUGUUAGCAGAUAUUGAUUCCCCUGUGGGUGUACAUGAUUCCCAGACAAAUGAGGCUUGCAGAAGUAAAGUGCAGAAACAGGGCUUGGACAACUUGCUGAUCUCUGGAAAGACCAAUACCAGUAUUGUGGAUGAAGGUGAUGUAGAAGUUGAAAAGGAAUUUCAAAAUCCAAGAUUGAAGUCUCCUCCAAGGGAUUGCUGUAGAGAUGACUCACAUGCUGAUGAUGUUGAUAAGUGUCCUAUGUUGAAAGAUGAUGUCAGUUAUAAAAAAAUGAUCACCAUUGGUCAGACACUUGGGAAUGCAAUUUCUUUUACCAGCAGCCAGUACGAAAUGCCAUCCCGCCAGGAAGAAACCAUCCAAAGUAUUUACUUUUCUCCACAAGAAUCUUCGAAACAGGAACUAAUUAACAGAAAGCCACCUUCACCAGUGCUUCUCGGUCAUGCACAGCAGCAAGGCUUUAAACUUCAAUCUGUGGUUUCCUCUCCUACUCCGGUAGAUGAGAACUGCAUUAGUUGCAGUUCAGCAUCUGAAAUGGAUUCUUCAGUCUCCGAUACGAUAGCCAUUCCAGCACAGCAUCAGGACAGCAAGAGCCUUGAAGAGGAAGAUUUUGAGUUACAGCCAGAAAUGGAAUUGCAUGUUACUUUGAAGAAAUCAGAAAAGGGGAGUCUGGGAUUCACUGUGACAAAAGGGGAUGCUAACUUUGGUAGCUACAUACAUGACAUUAUUCAGGACCCUGCAAAAAGUGACGGAAGGCUAAGACCUGGUGACAGAUUGAUAAUGGUGAAUGGUGUUGACAUCACCAGUAUGAGCCAUGCAGAAGCAGUGGAUUUUCUUCGAUCUAUCCCAGACACAGUUACUCUAGUAAUUGGACGGGUUCUGGAAAUACCAGAGUUUCCAAUAAAGCCACAUUCACUUCCAGAUAUCACAAUGAUGUGCCACAAGCAAGAACUAGGCUUAUCUGUGGCAGGAGGCAGUGAUAGUGCAUGCCAGUCAGUUUACAUAAGUGGCAUUACCCCAGGUUCAGCUGCUGAUAAAGAAGGAAGUCUGCAACCAUUGGAUAUUAUCCAUCAUAUUAAUGGUGUUAGCACACAUGGAAUGACAACAAAUGAGGCAAGGAGAACUCUUCAAAAUGCAGGCCCCAUUGUCACUUUAAAAGUCACAAGAGAUGGAGAGCCUGUAUUUGCAAAAGUAAUCGAGUCUUCUGUUCAGUGCAGUGACAAGUGCAUAAAGCUUAAUGAAUCUGUUGAAGUUAAUGGAGAUGUGUAUGGAAACGGACAAAGUGAAUGUGAUCAAGCAUCUUCUGUAAAGGUACCAGAGAAUAAUGUGAUGCACUUUGAGCUACAGAAGCCUAUCACAGGAAGAUUAGGGUUCUCCUUAAUAGGUGGUGAAAGUGGUACUUUUGUAAAGAGUGUUCAUCCUGGUGGUGCAGCUGCUGUGGAUGGAAGGCUGCAAGCUGGUGACCAAUUACUUCAGGUAAAUGGGAAAUGUGUAGUUGGAGUCUCCCACACUAAAGCAGUGACAACAAUCCGCAAAGCCAAAGGAUUAGUGAAUUUAACUGUCUCCAGAGCUAAAUCCUCCAGCGAAAUGAGAGAUACAAAUAAGGAUGCUGAAGCUAUAGGUUCUUUCUCCAAAGUGCAGCAUUGUGCAGGGAAAGAUACAGAUUUUGUGAAAACACCUGGUAUUGCUAAACAUAUAGGUGAACUGAAGGAAGAAGAAAUGUCUGCUAAAUCUGAGGAUACAGAUUAUGAAGGUUUUUCAUUGCCUGAAGACUCCCCUGAGCCACUCAGAAAGAAUGAUUAUCAUUUUUCAACCAGCAUAGAGAAAGCAAUUCAAGAGCUCUCUGUUGAAAAUAAAACAUCUGAAAGGAUGCCCAGCCUGACACAUAUGGAGAAUACAGAGGAGGGUGAGGUUACCAGGGGGAGUGAGGAACUUCCAGUUGAUACUUUGCAACAUGACGCUUCAUCAAUAGAUGAAUGGCCAAUAACUAAAGAGAAGCUUGCCACACUAUCUGUUGUAAAGGUGCCCCUUGCAAGCCAGUACACAGGCUCCAAACUGGAUGCGAUCAUUAAAACAUUGCAUAGACUGCUAGAUCAGCAGAUUCCAUCACAGGAGUUUGAGCAUCUGCAAGAUCUGAAACCAUUGGAUGAAUGUUUAAUUGGACAAACAGGAGACAAUCGGAGGAAAAACAGAUAUAAAAACAUACUGCCAUAUGAUGGCACACGAGUUCCUCUUGGAGAAGAGCAUGGAUACAUUAAUGCCAGCUUUAUAAAAAUACCAGUGGAUAAACAUGACUACACCUACAUCGCGUGUCAAGGACCUUUACCUCAUACACUGGCAGACUUUUGGCAGAUGGUUUGGGAACAAGAGUCUAACAUCAUUGCCAUGAUGACUCUCGAAGUUGAAGGAGGAAAGGUCAAAUGUCAAAGAUACUGGCCAGAACUUCAGGGAAAAUCAAUAAUAAUUAACAACAAGAUUAAGAUAAUCCUUCAACGUUGCCAUUCAUUGGAAGAAUUUAUUGUUCGAAAAAUUGAGAUGAUUAACUUACAGAGUGGCGAGUCACGACAAGUAACGCAUUUGAACUUUACCGCCUGGCCGGACCAUGGAACCCCAGAAAAGCCGGAGCAAUUAGUUGCCUUUCUCAGCUACAUGAAACAUAUCAAACGUACUGGCUCCUUAAUUGCCCACUGUAGUGCAGGAAUUGGUCGUUCAGGGACGCUUAUUUGCCUAGAUGCAGUAUUGACAUUCAUCAGCAAAGGACUUGAUUUUGACAUUUCUCACAUUGUUGAAACUAUGAGAUGCCAACGAUAUGGGAUGAUCCAGACUGAGGCUCAGUAUAUAUUCUGCUAUCAAGUCAUCCUAUAUAUUCUGGCACAACUUCAACUGAAGGAAAAAGACACGGCUAAAGCACAAUAAACACUUUCAAAUGGCUAAUAACUAGAACAGGACUACAACAACAAAAUGCUGCUUUUACCAGCAAGAAACCAGCCUUAUUCUCCAGAUACAUGAAAACAUUGUCUUUGAGUUCAAAAUAAUACAAUGUAACUGUCUUUUUAAACAAAAACUUGCAGGACAAAAAUGAGAGAUUAAGCAAGGUAUUAUCAAAAGCUGGUUGUUUUGUAGUUUGCAUGUGUAAUAAAUUGAAAAUUGGAACACCUAUUCAAACAGUAUGCCUUAUGCAAAUGUUGAACUGUGGUAAUAUUUAAGAAUUUGUGACAAUUGCUUUUGAAACUUCUGCUGACCAUUUAUAAAUGCAUUCAGUACAGGUUGCAAUAUUUGUUUUUUUUAUUAUUGUAUGGUUACCACUGUAUAGACACAAAUGAAAACAGUAUUGAUUUUAUGUCUUUCAGACUAUUGACAACGGUAGUGAAUGGUUCUCUGUAUAAUAUACAGUUUUUAAAUUUGUUUUCAUCUUUACCAUUUUUUGUACAUACUUUAAGAAAUUUAUCUGGAUAUAUAUAAACAUAUUAACUGGAUGCUCCAAAAUUGUAAAUAAAAUGUGGAAAUGCCCCAAUGAGG